AUGGCAUCUUGCAACGAUACUGGAACAACAUACAUAGAUCGGUGGCGGAUGUUACUGUUAAACUCACUUGAGCAAAGCCAGUACAGCAAACCUAUGCCGUGGAUUGGAAUGUAUAUUGCAUUAGCAUCUCUGAUUUGCACCCUUGCAAUGGUGGCUGAUUUACUACAUGGUCUGAGGAACAGAAAGCUCUGGUUUCCAUGCAAAUAUUUCACUUUGAAUGCUGCUUCUCUCACUGUGAUAGCUGUUGCAAUGAAGCUGCCCAUGGAUCUAAGUAAUCUAAUGCCAGGUGAUGUGGACGUGGUUGCAAAGUUUGGGAGUGUGAGUUUUAUGUGCACCAUGAUGGCUAAUCUUCUGCCUUCUCUAGCAACCAUGGAUAGCAAGGAACUUAUUUCAAACAUCAUAGCUUUAGGUGUCCUGGUAAUCACCUUGGUUGUGAAUGUUUGGAUUCAAAUAUUCACGGGAAUGCUCAUCAAUUCUAUAUAUUAUCCUCCGAAUAUUGUUUAUCGUGAAAUACGUUUCCUUGAUAGAGUAAUUUAUGUAGCCAUUUAUGGGGUUCCUUUACUCAUGUUGCUGAUAAUAUAUGUAUGUUCAUCUUUAGCAAUUCUCAAGUCCAAACAGAUUCUAGAAUCAAAAUACCAAGUGGCUCAUGAAACAGCUUUAAAGGAUCACGAGCUGCAACAACCAGGAAGAUUAUUAAAUGUUGAGAAGCUAAAGCAGAGUGUGAGAAACUACUGGAUCAUGGCAAGCACUGGAAGCCCCCAAUUCAUGUCAGCUUGCUCUGCUACAACCUCUGCUUCAGGGGUAAUAUGCGCUACAAGCACAGCCCUCCUUAUUUUUCUUUCCAUUCUAGAUUUUAGAUAUCGACGAUACAAUUUGUUGAAUUUAUCACAGUCUGUCCAAUCGUAUAUGUCGGAUUAUAAGUGGUCAAUGUCGGUGAUUUUUAUAAUCCAGUUUAUCGGAGUGAUACUAGGUACGAUUGCCCCAGUUGCAAGAUGUUUUUCAGCCUUAAGACUUAAGCUGUCAGUAAAAUGGAUUUGGAAGCAAGUCAACGUCUGUAAAGUAGAGAGCUACUGGACUCAGAAGUUAUAUGAUUGGAAACAUAAUAGUGUGCCAUUCCCAUCCAGUAGCCGCAACUGCAAGAUUGUCAUCCAACAUUUGAAAAGCCUAACUCUCAGCAUUUUUAUAGGAUUUCAGAAGAUAGUCGUGGUAGCGUGCAAGAUGCUAGCAGUGAUUCCAAUUUUCUUUGUGAUAUGUGUCAUGUAUUUUCUCCGUUCUUGGAAGUGGUUAAAGGCCAUGUUUCGUGCCUCACGUGUUGACUUGGUACAAAACCCUGAGGAGCAACUAGGAAAAGAUAAAGAUCUAAGGCGGUAUGUUUUGCAACUUGAAGACGACAUUGAGUUUGCUGAUAGAACGUUAAAAGGUAUUUCAAAAUCUGUGAACCACUUGAUCCUAAAGGCUGAAAAACAACAAAUCAACAAUCUUAUUAAGCUUCUAGCUGAAUCUAGUGGUUUUGAAGGAGUUGAAAAUUUUGACAGCCAUCAUAUUCCGCCUUUACUUUCAGAAGAAUAUCUCAAUUGUUGGAGUUUGCCAUUGGUAACUUUGACAACCAUCGCCAUGUCUCUUCCAAACAUCAAAAAGAACCUACUCGACUGCUUGCUGAUUCGUGGUGUGAGUGAAGGUCUUGUAUAUGUCACACUUGUGGAAGAAACCCUCAAUGCUACUGAUGAUCAAGUAACCAUUCAAAAGGCGGCAAAAGCUUUGUGGGUAGAAGUUGAAGUCUACCACAAAUCGUUAGGACACAAGCUGCAAAACCCUGAUCCUCAACUACAUACAGCAGGACAGAUUCUCCAAUGGCUGAGGGAUAUAGCUAAUAACAUGCUUAUUAAGAUGGAAGGUAUGAGUAAUAGAGUCCCAAAUGAUAUGUCCAAAUUCAGGGUUAUUUCUGCCAACUCAAUGUAUCGUAUCACCGAAACAAUCAUGCUUUCCUACCACCCCCAACAUUGA